AUGACACAGCAGACACAGAGUGUAACCAAGUGUCCAAACAAUAAAGGACCACAAAAUGUAACACAUCUCUCAGAAUUCCAUCUCCUAGGACUCUCGGAAGAUCCACAACUUCAACCCAUUCUCUUUGGACUAUUCCUGUUCAUGUACCUGGUCACAGUGCUUGGGAACCUGCUCAUAAUCCUGGCUGUCAGCUCUGACUCCCACCUCCACACCCCCAUGUACUUCUUCCUUGCCAACCUAUCUUUGACAGACAUCUGUUUCAUCUCCACUAUGGUUCCAAAGAUGAUUGUGAACAUCCAGACUCACAGCAGAGUCAUCUCCUACAUGGGCUGCCUGACACAGAUGUCUCUUUUUAUCAUUUUUGGAUGUAUGGAUGAUAUGCUUCUGACUGUGAUGGCCUAUGACCGGUUUGUGGCCAUCUGUCACCCUCUGCAUUACUCAGUCAUCUUGAACCCUCAUCGCUGUGUCUCCUUAGUGUUGAUGUCUUUCUUAGUUAGCCUUUUGGACUCACUGUUGCACAAUUUGAUUGUUUUACAACUUCCUUACUUCAAGGAUAUGGAAAUUGCUAACUUCUUCUGUGACCCUUCUCAACUUCUUAAUCUUUCAUGUUCUGAUACUUUUAUCAAUAAUGUAGUAAUGUGUUUUGUUGUCACCAUCUCUGGUUUCUUUCCCAUCUCAGGAAUCUUUUACUCUUACUAUAAAAUUAUUUCCUCCAUUAUGAGAAUCCCAUCCUCAGGUGGGAAGUACAAAGCCUUCUCCACCUGUGGGUCUCACCUCUCAGUAGUUUGCUUGUUUUAUGGAACAGGCUUUGGAGUGUAUGUUGGAUCAGCUGUAUCAAAUUCUCCCAGAAAGGGUGCAGUGGCCUCAGUGAUGUACACAGUGGUUACUCCUAUGCUGAAUCCCUUCAUCUACAGCCUGAGGAACAGGGACAUUAGAAGAACCCUGAGGAAGCUCCACAGCAGCACAGUCUAAUCUAAGGACCUGUGGUUUCCAUUUGGAAUAUAGUUUGGAAAUACAGCACAAGUAAACAUGUAGACACGUGAAUCAUGUCUCCUGGGUCACAUUAGUUUUGUACUUUGUAUGCUUUAAUUAUCAUCAUGUUUCAUAGUACGGAGGCAGUAAUAUUUUGGAGAAGGAAGAAUGGGAUUAUUUUAAAAUGGAUACAAAAUUUUAGUUUUGGAGGAUGAAAAAUUACUGGGGAUGGACAUCACUGAAGACUGAACAUUAAUUUAAAUAUAAUGUCUGAAUUUUGCACCCUUUACUUAGUCUUCUUAGUUGUAGUAUUAUUUUUGGUCAGCCUUUUGGACUCCUGGCUGCAAAAAUGGUUUGCUGUACAAUUUAUUAUUUUAAGUAAGUGGGAAAUUCCAACUUCUUCCGCCAUCCUUCUCCAUUUAUUAAUAUUGCCUGUUCUGACACUUUCACUAAUAGCAUAGUCGUUUAUUUUCUUGGUGAAAUAUCUUGCAAUUAUUGCAAGAUCCCAUCUCAAGGAUCCUUUUUCUCUUAUUAUAAAAUUCUCCAUUCCAUUGUUCAGAGAACUCCAUCAUCAGGUGAGAAGUAUAAAGCCUUCUCCACCUUUGGGUCUCACUUGGCAUUUUUUCUUACUUUAUGAGAUAAUCUUGGGGUGUACAUUGGUUCAGUUGUAUCACAUUCUCCCAGAAGCAGUGCGGAAGCUUCAGUGAUGCACGCUGUGAUCACUCUUAUGCCAAAUUCCUUCAUCUACAACCUGAGGAACAGGGACAUGAGGAGGCUCCACAGCAGAACAGUCGAACCUCAGGUCCUGUGGCAUCCAUUAGGAAUCUAGUUUGGAAAAGGCAGCCAAACUAAGGUCAUAGAACUGUCGUCCCAGCAUGUUAAUUUGCAGUU